CCAUCCUCCCCUGUCGUAAUCCCCAUGCGAGGAAAGCGGGAUGUCUCUCAGAACCAGAGGCCCGACCUGAGGACACGUCCGGGUGGGAGGAAGCUGUCAGAACGUUCCGAGCGGCGCGCGCGCUCUGUACACUCUCCUGAUGCGAUCCCCCCGUCAGUCGCCGCCCUCCUUGCCAUCACGUCUAUCCCGCCGCCGAAAUCGAAUAGCAUACGGAGGGGAGCUGGCGCGGGUCAGAGGUUGACGGUGGAUUCGAUCUUAGAACAUACUGCCGUGUCGGAGAAAGAGUUCAACUUGUCACUGGGGAAGGGUCCGCUAGAUUUUCUCCUCAGUCCUCCCGACGAAAUAGAGGAGGAUGACGCUUUGGGGAGCCAGACGGGGCAAGAGUCAGUUAUGUCGAGUCAAACGCUUUCCAGUGGAUCUAUACCGUCUCUAGACGAUAGUUCAAUCAGUCCAUCGCCCUCUUAUACCUCGCUCCUGACACCGGGAUCUCGGGGGAAGAAGUCACUGCCUACGCGCCGGAUGCAACCACUGUCAUCCCCACCGGGCGAGAGUGCUACAUUCGAGGAUCCGUUGUCGAGUGUAGAACUCGACAUAGAUACUUUAGAUUUCAGAGUCUUCCAGCGUCCGGAAGAUAUUGAGGAGAAGAAGCAAGAUAUUAAUACGGUUGUGACAACGAAGCGCAAAUCGGCCUUCAAGUCGAAUCUGACGGCUUCUUUAAAAGCGUUGAGAUCCGCGGCCAAGUCCUUUUCAAGCCUCACGGCACCGAUGAUACCGCCAGAUGACUUUCUCACAAGAUCAAUUAUAUCCAUAGAUCCGCAAGUCCCUUUUACCGACGAGCGCAUGCCUCCACGGUUGGAGGAUACACCCACGCCAGCCCUUCGGCGAUACCUAAACCCUACCACCAAUGCUCCCAUUGAUGCUCACGUUCCUGCCUCCUCACUUAUGCAGACCAUGAGCGCAACCAAGUGUACAGCGUCAAUCCAGAUGCAGACAUACAAAGUUUCUCGGUCUGCCAAAAGCACAUCGCCCAGCGUGAUCAGUCGGCGUACACAGACGACUCCCGAAGAAGUCUUUGGUGAUGCAGCGGUGGGCCCGCUUGCACGCCAGAGAGACAUGCGCGAGAACAGUGAUUUUAUCAGGAUUGCAGUCAUGGAAAUGGCAAUGCGAAGGAACGGCAAGCUGGACGACCAGAAACCCGGGAGGGCUCGAUGGGCACUCCCCCCGAGACAACCUUCGACCAAGCCUUACGAGAUUGGAGAGAACGGGGUCCCAGUGCGAUGGGUGGCUAUUACGCAU